UGUAGACAAGAGAUAGACAAUGUGGCUAUCACACUCUUAUUAGUGCCAUAAUCUGUGGCCUUAAACUGUACAGUAGGUUACUCAAUUGAGAUUAGUGCGAAUGAAAAGAUCCUCUAUUUGCCAUGACUGUGCUUUAUGAAAACUGUAGGUGCAGGUGACUCGAGAUGUAAAGGGUUUGACAAGACUCGUUGACGUGGACAUGUUUGGCUUCUAGGCUGACUUUGGAGUAGUGUCUUUCAGAACGUAGUCGUUGUGUUUUACCACAUCAUUUCUGCGUUGGACUCUCGUCUUGGAAUCUGACAAGCAUACGAUUGUAUUUGCUGGUUCAACAUCAACAUUGGGUAUUCCUUAAUGUAUAUAUAACAUAUACAUUGGGUAUAUUUGGAGUUUUACUAAAAUAGGGCGAGAGCUGUGCGACUGGCCAGGAAAUGGAAUCAAAUUGUCUUCGUGUGAUUUUAUUAUUGCUGAUAGGCUGGACUUUCUGUGCUGAAGAGACUGAGUUCUACUCCUCCACAGAUCACAUGAUGGAACUGCUUGUCAUUGAGCGGAGUCUCAUCCAGAGCCUCAGAGAUUUCAUCACAGCACAGAAACAAUGCAUAGACCGAUUUAACAGUGUUGUUGAUGCCUGUGAGAAUGCCUCUGGAGACUUCCCAGGGGAUCUGGAAAAACACAUCAGCAACCCUUUCACUGCAUUCAAGCUGGUGCGAAGACUGAGGCUGGAGCGGAACAUGGUGGAACAAGUUACCAGGACAUGUUCUUCAUAUAUUGCAGAUUUCCUGGCUAAUGUAUCAUUGGUCUCCCAGCGACUCCCCAGUGAGAAGGACAUGGAUGGGGUUGCACUGGGUCUUAUACGUCUACAGGACAUAUACAGACAACUGCAAAUCAUUACAGUGGAUGUGUCAGGACAGGUAAAUGUGACACCCUUGGAUCCAGAUGACUCCUUCCACGUUGCCAUGGUGGCCCUGCAGAACCACAAGUUUCAGUAUGCCCUGCUCUGGCUCCAGGAGACCUUCAGGCAGCUGGAGGAUGGCAUUCCCGCCCUGGUGACCAGGAGAGAGGUUCUGACCUACCUGGGUCCCCUAGCCUUUCAGAUGGGUAACCUGCCUUUAGCGUUGGAGCUAACGCAACAGUUGCAGGAACUGGACCCCAGUUGCAUGCAGACCAAGGUGCACCUGGCCUACUACAGAACCCUGAGAGAGAGCAUCCGGUGUGGGAGCCAGACACAAACACCCUCAUUGCCAUUAGAUGCACCAGUGGACAUCUUAACACUAAUCAAACCAGCAAGCGAAACCUCAUACGAAUCUCUUUGCAGAGGGGAGGGCGUCAAAAUGACCCCGAGGAGACAGAGGACAUUGCGGUGCAGGUACAGCACUGGUAGAGGCAACCCUCGACUCAUCUAUGCACCUAUAAAAGAGGAGCAGGAAUGGGACCAUCCACUAAUAAUACGCUAUCAUGACCUUGUAUCUGAAAGGGAGAUUGAGACCAUAAAACACCUAUCCCGAUCAAAGCUUGACAGAGCAAAGGUGUCAGACCAUGUGACAGGGGAAAGAUUUUCAGCUGAAACCCGUGUGGCUAAAAGUGCAUGGCUGGCUGACGAGGACAACCCUGUCAUCUCCCGUGUUACCCAGAGAAUGGCUGACCUGACUGGGCUGGACAUGGAGGCAGCAGAGAUGCUCCAGGUUGCUAAUUAUGGGAUUGGGGGCCAAUAUGAACCACACUUCGACAACAAGCUGACCAAUGACACAGACUACAUGACGAGGGGUGGCAGGAUCGCAACGAUCUUAAUCUAUAUGAGUGAUGUGGAAGUGGGUGGAUCGACUGUGUUCCCUGAUAUAGGCGCUGCUCUACGACCGUACAAGGGUUCAGCGGUGCUGUGGUACAACCUUUUGCAGAAUGGAGAGGAGGACGCGAGGACCUUACACGCUGCAUGUCCUGUAUUUGUGGGCAAUAAAUGGGUUGCCAAUAAAUGGGUGCGGUCCCACGGACAGGAGUUCAGGAGAAGAUGCUCUUUGUCCCAGAUGGACUGAGACUGGAGCCAGGAUGGAUUCUCCCCUCAGUUUACCUACACAUUGCUGCACAUUUCCCCAUUGUUACUCUCCUUGGCCUCAGCUGGCCACCUGGGGGAGGGACUCACUGAAUCACACGAAAGCACCUUUCAAGUGUUUGUGCAGUGAAGCAGGACAAGAUGUCAACAAUACCAAUCUGACAUUUGAACUGUGUGGCAUUUUUUUUUUUUUUACAGUGAUUGUCGAAAAUGAUAUUGUUUGCGGGUAGUCCAUAGAGUAGUUUACGUGAUUGAUUAGAUCCGCAUGAUCAAUUUAAAAUACAUUGUAGAAGACAGAGUAAUAAAAUAUUUGGACCAAGAA